AUGAAUAAGGCAUUGAUUGCACUCUUUACAACUGUUCUUCUUGCAACAACAAGCUAUUUGAGCUAAGAAGAUCCCUUAAGAACAUUAUAUUCAGAAUGGAAACAAUAACACUAAACUAGAUUUGCCAGCUAAUUUGAAGAUGAAUACAGAUUUGAAAUCUUCAAAUAAAAUUAUAACCACUAUUAAGAAGUAAAUAGCUAACAAUCCAGCUAUACACUUGGACUAAAUCAAUUCGCAGCUCUUACAGAUGAAGAAUUUGAAUCAAUAUAUCUUGGUGGUCUUGAUGACACUCAUGUUGAAGUUGAUGAAUCCAUUACUUCAUUUAACUAUCCUGAAACUGCUGAUUGGUCAGCAAAGAUGAAUCCAAUCAAGAAUUAAGGAGCAUGUGGAUCAUGUUGGUCAUUCUCUGCUGUUGGUGCUUUUGAAGCCUAUUUCAUCGUUAAUAAAGGGUCAUACAACGUAUAUGCUGAGUAACAAUUAGUUGAUUGUGAUACUUAUUCAUAUGGAUGUGAUGGUGGUUUUGCAGGAAAUGCUAUUGAUUAUUUAAAUAAAAAUGGUGCACUUUUGGAAUCCUAAUAUCCAUACACUGCAACAACUAACAAAUGUUAAAAGGCAACAGGAACACAAAAAGCUAAUGGAAGAAAAACAUGGAGUACAGCCACAUAAGCUUAUGAGGCAAUUGCUAAAUAUCCCAUUUCUGUCAGUGUCCAUGCCUCAAAUUGGAAAGGAUAUACUGGUGGUAUCUUCAAUGACUGCAUUAAUACUUCAACUAAUCAUGCUGUUGUUGCUGUUGGAUAUGAUGCCAAUGGAAAUUGGUUAAUCAGAAACUCUUGGGGAACUGGUUGGGGACUUAAAGGACACAUUUGGCUCUAAAGCGGAAAUACUUGUGGUGUUCUCAGAAGAUUAGACUAAGUUAUUUGAAC